CUCCCUCCACUCUCCCUCCGUUGAAGCUACAAUUCAAGCUCAAUUAUUGAAGGAUUUUGAUCUUUUUUUCCGUUAUUGUUCAAUCUUUUUCACUUCCUCUUCCAAUUAAAUCGCAAGAAGAUCCUUCCGGGAAGGUGAAAGCAGAGCAAAAGGAUGACUAAACAGAGUCUAGUGAUGAAGGAUGACAUACCAGUCGCAGUGGUCUCUCCGGAAGCCAUCUCCGAAGCCUUCCCACAUCUCUCCUACCCUCCUCCUCAUUCCCCCAUGGCUGGUCCCAGCUAUCUCAAGUGCAAGAAGCAUGCGAGACGCCUCGACCUUGCCACAGCGGGACGAGGCAAUUCGUGGAUCGAAUCCAUGAUCAUACUGUCCCCAACCCACGUCAAGUCAUCAUCGUCUUCGCAGGCGGGCUGCUCAUCCAUGUCGGCCGCUGACAACGUCGAGGACUACGACAGCUGGGUGAAGACGCACCCUUCGGCGUUGAGCAACUUCGAGGAUGUGAUGGCGACGGCCAAGGGGAAGCAGGUCGUAAUGUUCUUGGACUACGACGGCACUCUGUCGCCCAUCGUCCUCGAUCCCGACUGCGCCUUUAUGUCCGAUGAGAUGAGAGAGGCAGUGAGAGAAGUGGCAAGUCAUUUUCCCACAGCCAUCGUGAGUGGGAGGUGCACAGAAAAGGUAGCCAGCUUUGUGAAGCUAUCAGAACUGUACUAUGCUGGUAGCCAUGGCUUGGACAUAAAAGGUCCGGAGGAAGGGGCUUAUCACUCCAAAGUCAAGGCACACGGUGUUCUGUGCCAACCGGCCAAUGAGUUUCUUCCCAUAAUAGAUGAGGUGUACAAGUCUUUGAGAGAGAUAGUAAAGAUCAUCCCUGGCUCCAGAGUCGAAAACAAUAAGUUUUGUCUCUCUGUUCACUUCCGAUGUGUGGAGGAAAAGAAAUGGAGUUUACUUGCUGACUUGGUGAAAUUAGUGAUCAUGGACUACCCCAAACUGAAACUCUCCUAUGGAAGAAAGGUUUUGGAGAUUCGGCCGAAUAUUAAAUGGGACAAGGGGAAGGCUCUCGAGUUCUUGUUAGAAUCUCUUGGAUUUGAUGGCCAUAAUAAUGUAUUUCCAUUAUAUAUAGGAGAUGAUUGCACUGAUGAAGAUGCUUUCAAGGUUUUAUGCGAUAGAGAACAAGGCUUUGGCAUUAUUGUCUCUAAGAUUGCAAAGGAAACAAAAGCCUCCUUUUCACUCAGAGAGCCAGCUGAGGUUCUGAAGUUCUUGCACUGCCUAGUGGAGUGGAGACAAUUGUCUGAGGAAGGAAAGGGAGUGAAGGAACUCAGAGGAGUGCAACUCAAUAUGCAAUAGAAUGGCAACUCUCACUUGUGUUUUUGCUAAACCUCGUGUGAUAAUGUCUUGUUCCAUUACGGGAGGGGCUCGAAAUCUUUCUUGGUUGGUUUCUUGCCACAUUUUUCCACUAUAUUGUAUGGGGUAUAUUUUAACUUUUUCAUGUAAACAAAUGGAAAACCUGAUGAUUAAUGUAAUCUCAUAUUGUUUCAAAUUAAUAUUAGCGAAUGUAG